AUGUCCCAGAGGAAGCGCAGCAAAGGGCCGGGCGUAUCUCAGGACGAUGGGGAUGAGGAUUACAACCUGACCCUGACGCCGACGAGCAGCCAAGUGCAGAGGAACCUGCAGAGGCGCUCCCAGGAUCAGGUGAAUCAGAAGGUGAGCGAGCUAGUUCAGUUCCUGCUUGUUAAAGACCAGAAGAAGAUCCCUAUCAAGAGAGUGGAUAUCCUGAAGAAAGUCAUCCGGGAAUACAAAGAUGUCUAUUCGGAGAUCGUCAACCAGGCGGGCAGGACCCUCAAACAGGUGUUUGGGCUGCAGCUGGUAGAGAUUGACACCAAACACCACAUUUACAUCCUCACCAGUGACCUGCCCCGCGUCGAGGGG